CGAACAAAGGAUGAAACCACGAUUGAUACAUAAAGCAGCCAUGGCUCAUCCCAGCUCGACGUGGAUGACUCCGUACUUUCACACACUCAAAGAGCCUCUCGAAAAAUCACCGCCAUCAUGACACAAUGCAAAGCACUGGCACAUCCCGAGACGACGAUGUGGAACUUGUGUCCCUCGAUCGGCGCAGCGUACCUGUUUACCGUACUCUUUGCCCUGACGACUCUCGCCCACACCGCACAAGCUAUCCUGUAUCGCAAGUUCUAUUGCUGGGUGAUCGUCAUGUCCGGGCUCAUCCAGACCUUGACCUACAUCUUCCGCGUGCUCAGCAUCAUCAACCCGGACAGUUACACUGAUUAUGCGGCCUGGUUCGUGCUGAUCCUCGUGGCGCCCCUGUGGACCAACGCAUUUGUGUACAUGGUCAUGGGCCGGAUGGUGUGGAACUUCACCAACGAUGCGCGCGUCUUGUGCGUGCGGCCGUGGCAUAUUGGCUGGUUCUUCGUCGUUUUGGACAUUAUUGCAUUCAUUAUCCAGGUUUACGGCGCAGCGCAAGCGGCGGGCAAUAACGUCUCGACCGACACGGAAAUGGCCGGCCUGCACACCUACAUGGCCGGCGUGGGCGUGCAGCAGCUUUUCGUCCUGGUCUUCAUUGUCUGUGCGAUUUUCUUCCACCGCAAGAUUCUCCAGCAGCGGCGACCGGACACGAACCAGGCUUUGCUGCUGCUCUAUGUGCUCUACGCAUGUCUUGCGCUGAUCACGAUGCGUAUCAUUUUUCGUCUAUGCGAGUACGCGCAGGGGCUCAACAGCAAGAUCCCCUCCCAUGAGGCGUAUCAAUACUGCCUUGACUCCGUGCCCAUGUUGGUCGCACUGGUGCUGCUCAAUGUGGUGCACCCUGGCCGUAUGAUGCCAGGGAAGGAUAGCGAUAUGCCCAGUCGAAAACAGCGGAAGAAGAUGGGCGUGUACAGCAAGGCGGAGAUUGCCGGAUGGAACGACACGGUAUGA